AUGGCCAGACACUACUGCUGCCAGGUCAAGCUGGUGCUGUUAGGUGAGUCUUCAGUGGGCAAGUCAUCGAUUGUAACGCGAUUCACGACGGGCGAGUUCCGGAAGAACCAGGCGACGAUAGGAGCUGCGUUCACUACGAGGUCAGUCCAAUGGGAAGAGGACGCGGGUGACGGCAGUGACGCAAAAGAAGUGCGCAGCGUCACGUUUGAGAUAUGGGAUACUGCAGGCCAGGAGCGGUACCGGUCACUGGCACCAAUGUACUAUCGAAACACGGACGUAGCGCUAGUUGUGUACGAUGUGACCGAGCAACAGAGCUUUCAGAACGCACGGUCGUGGAUAGACGAGCUGAAUACAUACAUUGGGGAGGCACAACGAAACGAUGUGGUGGUGCGGAUCGUGGGCAACAAGAUUGACCUGCAUGCGGGGGGGCAGCUGGAGCAGCCACUGCCAAGUGCAACGUUUGUGUCGGCCAAGACGGGCGAGGGGAUCGAGGAACUGUUCAUGGACAUUGCUAAGCACGUAAAACCGGAGCGUUUUGUGCUGCAGGCGGAGCCUCAGGAGUCACCGCAGCGCAGCAUUCUGAAUGUACUUGGCGCCAGCUCUGCAGACCACGGUUGCAGGUGCUAG